AUGGAGCCCGUGCCUAAGCUUCCCCAACGGUCGGCCACCAUGGCUAGCAAUAUGACUCGUCGUACUUCCGUCAGUGACGAUGAGGCCAUUCCGGAUACCGAUAGCAGCGAGACCAGCAACCUCCUGAUCGAGCGUCUUCGGGCUUGGAAACAUUUGUGUGGAAAUCUAGAGGACUAUGUCUCGACUACUGCCAGAAUUUCCAAGUCUCAGUCAAAGGAUUAUGAGAAGAUCCUGAAGACGGUUAGUGAGCCAUUGAAGGAGGCUCACCAUUUCAGUGGCAGUGAGGGAGGUAUGGCUGGACUCUUCCAGAACAUGCGUACCAACUCCCAGGGAAUGGUAAACAUGUACCUUGAGACCGAACAAAACCUGAAAGGCAGCGUCCUCCCUACCCUCGAGCGUCUCCACAAAGAAGUCAAGAACAAGGCGCAGGAACUCAAGUCUGGUGCAGCCAAGGGAGCCAAGGCCGUCGAGAAGGCUCGUCAAUUGACCCAGAAGCACAUCGAGCUUCUCGGCCAACACUCCGCCUCUCACGACUCAGCCAUGAGUACCAAGCUGGAGCAACACCAUGAUCCUUACAUCCUGAAGCGUCAGAUCAACCACCGACUCAACAAGCAGAUCACUGAGGAGAACAACCACCGCAACGACAUCCUCACAGUCCAGAACUCCUUCCAGCAAUUCGAGGCCCACAUCCUGCAAACCGUGCAAACCGCACUAGAACAAUUCCACCAGAUCAUGGGCAGCCAGCUGGACCGCCAGCGCGCCAUGUACGCCGAUAUCCUCGGCACAUCGCAGCGCAUCCCACCAGACUUCGAAUGGAUCAACUUCUGCGUCAGCAACGACGCCAAGCUCGUGAACCCAGACUCUCCACCCCGCGAAUUCGCCAACAUCUCCUUCCCCAACCAAGAUCACCGCUCCACAAAGCCUCUCCUCGAGGGCUCUCUGGAACGUCGCUCUCGUGCUAUGAUCAAGGGCUUCAGCUCAGGCUACUAUGUCAUCACGUCUGCGCGCUACCUGCACGAAUUCAAAGACGACGACGACUUCCGCAAGGAUCCCACCCCAGAGCUUUCCUUGUACCUACCGGACUGUAUCGUCGGUGCUAUCGACGGCGUCAAGUUCAACGUUAAGGGCAAAGACGUUUCCAACGGUAAGGUCGGUAACGCCUUCCACACUACCACGGAACUUAGCUUCAAGGCUUCGACUGCUAGUAGUGCCGAGAAGUGGUGGUCUGUUAUCAAGGAGUCUACUAGUGCUGGUGCUGCUUCUGCUGCUGCGGCUGCUGCUCCUCUUUCCACUGUUACUUCCACAGCACCUUCUACCCUGACCUCCCCCGUCUCUCCUGCUACAUCUACUAGCCCUGCUAGUAGUGUCUCAGGUAAGAAGGAGAACCAGCCACCAACAUACUCUGCUGAGAAAUCUGCCUCGCCUACGACCGGCACUGCAGACGUGAAGCCACUGAGCCGUACUGCUAGCUCUGGAAGCUACUUUACUGGACCUGGUGGUUCUGCUGCAGGUGAGAAAUCCUAA